GCUGUAGCUGUUUGAGAGUGCUAUCGAUCUUCUCAUCCCUCUCCAUCGGAAAGUGAGUAAGCAUAUUUUCCAAAAAUGUCAACCUGUUCUUUAAAUGAAAGGACAGAUUCCUCAUCUGAGAUACGACAAACAACACCCCUACUAUUAAAACUAGAGGUAACAAAGGCUUUGGGAUGAGUAAAGGUGAAGAUGUUUAUCAUUCUGCUGCAAACGUCUGUCCUCAGACGGCCUUGCAUCCUUCAGCUGUCACUAACUUUGAACAUUUUCACAGUGACACUUUCCUGGACAAGGACAUCUCUGUUGCAUAUUUUGCUCAAACUAAAAAAAAAAAAAAAACACCACCCUGCUCUGCCAGACAGCUCUAAAAUAUUUGAACAUAUUUCCACUUGACAGUAUAUCUUGGCCUCGCGAGUUGGAACUGCCAAGCGGACUGAAUGAUUGAGCUGACAAACAAGAACAAAUGGUUUUAAAGACCCCCCCUCCACCUUUCCUCCCAAAUCUUUUGUCUGUACUGUUGCAUUUGACGUAGUACCCAAUAUUCAGGGUUUUUUUUCCGCUUAAGGCUGCUGCUGAGUUCACAAAAUGGAAAACAGUUAUCUCUUGUGUCUUUAAAGGUUCUGUUUCCUUUAUCUUUAUUACCAACACAACAGGGUUACUCUGCAAGUUUACCCUGUAAUAAAACACAACUUUUAGUAAGCUGGAAAGAAACAAUCUUCAUCCAUCUCAUUGCGAUCAUUAAAAAGUGUUUUCAUGCUCUAUUUCUGCACACAGAUCUGAAACUAAAGCAAUCAGCGAUGACUAAUAUGUCUAUAAAUAUUUAAAAUAAGGAUAAUUACUAAGAAAUGCUUCUGUGAGGCUAAUGUAGAAAAUGUCCCCGUAACAUCUUUUCCCCACCUUGGUGGAUAAUGUUUCUCUCCACGGCCUCAAAUUCAUCUUCACACCUCCUAGCUCAUCUGCUCGGGCCUAAACUCCUCGGCGGAUGUGGUGGGGCUUUAGGAUUUGAGGAUCUGGGGGGAUUAAGGGAUUUUCUGAUUGCUCUGAAAAAGACACCAUGGGAUACAGGAAUCCAAAAAUGGCUGAGGUACCCACAUCAAGAUUAGAGGGUAUUAUUCCCCCCCCUUAGGGAAAGAAGACAGGAAAGCCACUACUGACAGCUUUGAAACAAGUGUUUGUUUUUUUUCGGGACACGUUUACAAUUUAAGGAGACUGUAGUGAACUAUAAAAACCUAUUUUAUGCUGGAAAUCAGUCGAUGAACUUUUCCAAUUUCAUCGCUUGCUGUCUAAAAAAAAAACAUUUCCUGAAACAGUUUAAUUUUCUCUGUAAAUUGUAACCAUAAAUAACAAGUCAGCUGCACAUGAUCCUCUUACGCUUAAUAUCUCGCCCCAAAAUUACUCGCUGAAUCCAUCCCAUACCACUGAUGCAAGAAGAAAAAGCAGAUAUAGAUAGUAUCUGUCGCUGCUGGAGGGUGAUAAACAACCACUGUUGGGAAGAAGGAUUUUUAAUUUGUCAAAAAUAUUUAAAUCUGUCACAAGGAAUAAAAAUGAAAUCUCAAGAGACGAGUCAGAAAAAGUUAAACUUUCUCUCUUGUCGUACAUCUUGGGUACGCCUACGUUCGCAUGUUUUUCUCGCAGCUCCUCUUUUCUUCCUGGGGAAAUAUCAGAUGUCAUGUGUGGCAGGCAGAGAGCAUGAGUAAUUGUGGUCUACAAGGCGCAGACAGCACCAGCGCUCACCGCCAUCCUUCGACAUCAUCGGCCUGUAGGUAAUGAGGCCAGCAGUGCACGCCACAGCAGUGGUUCUUUCGUUAUUGAUCACUGAGGGUAGUUAUGAAUGAAUGUGGUGCUGGAUCUUAUUUUUCCCAUUUUUAUUCAGAGUUAUUGAUAUUUUCCUGAACGUUAUAACGAAAAGAGAGAGAGUAAGACCGUGAUAUUUUAAUGGGACAGAACUAUGGCCUUACUUGAUAGCCAAUCAGAGGCAGGGUAGGACAGGUCAUGGCUUUUCCCUCCUGGGAGGAAAUAAAAAGGUAAGUUAAGGUCUGCAGAGCCCAGGUUCAAUGCCUAAUUGAUUUCUUUCUUUCAAGGUGAAACUGCACAUUUUAAGAGUGAUGAAUCGAAGGUACACCUGUGUCACAGUCACGCUGUUUAAUCAGCGUCUUGAUAUGCUCCACCUGACAGGUGGAUGGAUUAUCUCUGCAAAGGAGAAGCGCUCAUUAACGCAGAUUUUAACACAUUUGUGGAUGAAAUUUGAGAGGUAAAAGCUUGAAGAGGCCAAAAAAACAAUCUUAAAAAAAAAAAAAAAAGAAGAAGUUUUGGAUCAUUAAAAAGAAGAAGUGUUUUAUUUGGAUUUUUCUUUGGUGUCUUCACUUUCAAACAGAAAUAAGUAAUUCUCAUUUGUAACCCACAUUUCUAGAUCCAGUAAUUUAAAGCUAAAAUGUUUUUUUUUGUUACAUCAUGGCUACAUAUAUAACAUUAUGCUUAAAAACUGAGGCUAAAGCAACCCGGAAAAAACGUUAAAAUCCUUGUACCCACAUGUGGUACAGUCAUUUAAGUAAUUUUUACUAAGGGGUUUUUGAUUUCACACAGAAAACAAAAGCAUCUUCUCGUUUUUUGUACUCAACCUGCCAUGAUAACAUAGGUACUGACCCAAAAUGCAGGCUCAGACAAUGGUUGGCAAGAGAAGGGAAUUUGUUUGUGAUGUGGGAGAGAAGGGGAGAGGGUCCGAUGAUGAAGUGGAGGGAAUGGCUGAGGUAAAGCAGUGGGGGUGGAAUGUGGGCUUCCCGGAGAUGGUUGGUGGAGAGCAGGCAAGCAGGUAUAUGGCAGGAGGGGAUGGUCCAAGGAUCCAAGAGGAUCAGAGGUUAGAAAUCAUCUAGGAAACCAACAGGAAUAGUUUAAGGAGGUUCAAACGUAGACUACCACAGUAGCUGAACAAACGAGCUGACAUGGCAUGGGAGGAAGGCUGGCGGUUUAUAUGCAGUUGAAUUGAUGGAAGGCAGAUGAGCUGAAGAAUGGCAGGUGUGCUUCAUCUGUGAUUAUCCAGGAGGGACCAGGGAAAUGUGCCAGGGCCACAACACACAGACACAGAGACUAACAAGGAGAGACUGACAAGUAAACCCAAGGAUAGGAAAAAACAAGAGGGAACACAGGGAAUAAACAGUCCCGACUGCCAUCGUGACACAACCAAGGUUUUGUCACUAGCUGAUCUUACGAGCUGUAGCUACACUUGAACACGUUAGUUAGAUUCAUGUUUAAUGUUAGUAUCAUUUAGUUUCACACAUAAAUAAAUAAAAGUGUCCACAACUGCAGGUUUUGUCAGCUGAAAAGACAAGUGGUUUCGUUGUAAAGCCGUAUAAAGGUUUUAAGCGUACAUAUAUAUAACAUUAUGCUAUAACACUGAAGCUAAAGCAACCUGGGAACAUCAACAUCGACAUAUGUAUUUUACUCUAAAACCCAUUGAUUGUUUGGGCGUGUAUAUAGAAAACAUACUUUACCAGGGUUAUUUUUUGUUUUGUAUAUGUAUUUUUUCUUUGGCAACAAAUCUUGAAAGGGAAGCAUAUACAGUAUACGCGAGGUGAGAAAUUGCAUUACCCAUAACAAUUUUUCCUCAGUCCCUCAUGUGACAGUAAAAUCACUGCCUUCACCUACAGUGUGUCCCCAAUCCCCAUCACACUGCAGGCUACAGUUUGUGUAAAGUAAUUUACUCACCACAAACAGCAUUUUGACAUCUCUCUCACCUAUGAGUAUUAUCUUCAGUGGAGUGGACUUUUCCUGCCCAGGAUGAGUCAAUUCAUAACAGCAAACAGAGAGAGAGUGCAUAGUCUCUCUAAUGACCGGGUUACUAUGGAAACCAGGUUAGAUUUGAAAGCACUUGAUAAGAAGAGAGAGAGAGAGAGAGAAAAGCCCUACAGGCUUCACUUUGCUCUCUGACUCAACUUCAAAACAAACCUUGAUUAAAUUUGUGCGCCAUCAGAAACACCUGAUCAUGUCUGGCUCGUGUUUUCAGGUUGGUUGCGUGAACCAAGAUGCUCAUGACUGUGACAAACAACGAUCAGACUGAAACAUGCAAAGUGGCAGCAGGGGGUAGAGCGGCCACCGGUUGCUUUCUGCAGAGCUCGACAUGGUUCGUUCUUGUUGGAAAGGACGCUACUUCUGGCCUCCUGCUCGGCGUGUUUGUGGUCUGUGGCCUGGCUUUGUUCGGCCUUCUUACAUUCGUCUCCUGGAAGCUUUGCUGUGUGCCUUGGCGGACUAAGGCCCAUUUCCCCAGCCCAUCCCUCAGCCCGGCCUGUGGCCCAGAGCACCGCCCGCUCCAGUCGCCUCCCCUGCUGCCCAGUCCCCAGCAGCCGCCUGUCACCAUGGCGACAGAGAAGGUGAAGGACCCCAUGGGCUCGAUGGGCUUCCUGGAGGCAGCAGUGAAGAUAAGCCAUACAUCUCCGGACAUCCCCACUGAUGUGCAGCUGUCCAUGAGGGAGCACUUCCUGCGCCGCACACAACGCAUGCAGAGGCAAACCACUGAGCCGACGUCUUCGACUCGGCACAAUUCAUUCAAAAGACACCUGCCCAGGCAGAUGCAGGUAGGGAGUCUAGACCUGGGAAAUGACUACGUGGUGGACAAAGACGAAAAGCCCACCAGCAUCGGCCGCAUCCAGCCAGAGCUCUACCAACAGAAGGCCCCGGAAACGGAGGAUUCAUCCAAGAAUGGCAGCAGCAAAAACUGUGGCUCGAUUAACUUCUCUCUCAAGUACGACUAUGAAAACGAGGCCCUCCUAGUCAACAUCCUCAAGGCGGUAGAUCUACCUGCCAAGGACUUAUGCGGCACAUCCGACCCUUACGUGAAGAUCUACCUGCUGCCGGACCGCAAGAAGUUCCAGACUCGCGUCCACCGGAAGACACUCAACCCAACAUUCAGCGAGAGCUUCCAGUUUCCCGUGCCUUACGACGAGCUGGCAGUCAGGAAGCUCCAUAUGAGCGUCUUUGACUUUGACCGGUUUUCACGGCACGACAUGAUCGGGGAGGUGGUGCUGGAUAACUUGUUUGAGACAUCGGACCUCUCCAGGGAGACGAACAUAUGGAGGGACAUCCAAUACGCCACCAGUGAAAGCGUCGACCUCGGGGAGAUCAUGUUUUCACUAUGCUACCUGCCGACCGCGGGCAGACUCACACUUACUGUCAUCAAGUGCAGGAACCUCAAAGCCAUGGACAUCACUGGAUACUCAGAUCCCUAUGUCAAAGUGUCACUCAUAUGUGACGGGAGACGUUUGAAAAAGAAGAAGACGAGCAUAAAAAAGAACACGCUGAAUCCAACCUACAACGAGGCCAUCAUCUUUGACAUCCCUCCGGACAGCAUGGACCACGUCAGCCUGCACAUCUCUGUCAUGGACUACGAUUUGGUAGGUCAUAAUGAGAUCAUUGGUGUGAUGAGGGUUGGAUGCAAUGCCGAGGGACUUGGCAGGGACCACUGGAACGAAAUGCUGGCUUAUCCACGUAAGCCCAUUGCACACUGGCACCCCCUGCUGGAGUCCAAGAAAUCUGAGAAGGAGUGGAAGGCGAGGACAGCCAGCUUUGACAGCCAAGGCUCCUGCCCCUCACCCAGGCCCCCUGCUAGUCCCUGAGCAGAGCCACCUGUGACCCAGCAGCCCAGAUAGGGGGUUUCCUCCCUCCUGUUGAUCUACUUCCUGUCUGUCUGAUUGAGGAGAAACACAACCCCACUGUCUCUCCCUUUCUUUCUCUCUCUCUCUCCCUCUCUCUCUGUCCCUCCCUUCCUCAAGUCUAGUCCCAGAGCACUCCUAAGAACUGAUCUAGGACCACCGUCAGUCAGUUAGUUGUGUGAAAGCGCAGUCUUUUCGGGGUUAAAAGUUUGAAAUGUGGGUGUUGUGAUGACCCAGAGCUGCCCUUGUUGUCCCUCAGAAGAAAUUGGCCGGACGUUCCAGCCUGCAGACAUUUAAUAUUGAGCUGUCCGAGCUGAGGUGAAACGGAUCUCUGCGUCCUCGCGGGAGGCUUUUUACAGAAACGCCGAAGAUCCAGCUUUGUGCCGCUGAGACUCUUUGAUGGGAAAACUCAGUCGGCCUUUUCCUGAGAGCAGCGGAAGUUUCACCAAGAGAAGCCGAGGACGCGGGGUGACGAAAAAAAAAGACAAUCUUAGAGGGGAUCUGAAGCAAUGUCAAAACUCUACAGCUCUCUCAUUGAAUUUCACAGUUCUGUAUUAGAAUAAAAACGAUUCUGAACUGUAGCAUUUUGGAACUGUUAGAUGUAAAACCGCUCCGUUAGUUAUUGUUAUUGUCCGUGAGUAGCAAAACUGGAACGAAUAUCAAAGAUCCAGCUCAGUUCACUGUACUUCCAGUUUCAUCAAAAAGCAUAAGCAAUUAUCCGGGAAGGUUAAUUCUUACAGAUUUGUAGCUUUUGUGCAGCCAAGAAGUUUUAUGUCACGAAAGAAGAUGAAGAAUUAUUGGUAUUCAACCGAGAGCUCAUUGGCUGCAGUUAUAACCGAUUUCUCUGAUUUCAAUUCUGAUUUUCAAUACAAGAGGAAGAAGAAAGUUGAAUUACCUGAUAAAAGUUGUAAAAAAAAAACAACAACCUGAGAAGAAAAGCUUUUGACAGAAACAAGCUUUUUAGUGAAGCGAGCUCUGGAGGUUUCUGUAAACAGGGAAGCUGUGAGCACACUUUACACACCCUUACCUCCUUCUCUCUGUUUGAUGUUUGCUUUUUGAGAGAUGUCACCCCUUUUUCUUCCGAAUGAAAACUCAACUCAAACAAACACACAUAAAAAAAAAAACUAAAGUCAUGUUUUCCUUCAGACACACGUUGCUGUUUCAAAAAGCACUUCUUUGUCUCCUCUUGUUUGGGUUUUCGGUAGAUGUGUAUAGUUUCAUGUAAAGCUGUAGCCUUUAUGUAUGUUUUUUUGUUUUUGUUUUUUUUCCUAAAACAGAAAAUCAGAAAAGAUAAAACGAGAUGUAUCAAGUUAAAAAGAAGAAAAAAAACAAUAAAAAAACAAAAACAUAACUGACAUUUUGAAUAUAUGUAGCCUUGUUGGUGGUGAUGAUUGAGAAAAACUCUGAAAAAAGGUGAACAUAUUCGUCUUUUGAACUCGAUGUUUAUCCUGCCAUUAAUCACGCUGUUGUACAGGGAUAACGUGUAUUUGAAACUCGCCACGGAGACGCUUGAUCCGCAACGUGGUCGUUGGAUUAUCUUUGAUGAUAUUUGAUGUG